CUUGACUCUUCCUCAACACACCUGCUGCAUCCGAGUUUCACCGAUGUCUCUCCUCGCUCUCUCGGCCGUCUUCCCCACUUAUAUCCAUCGCCGCCCUCUGCUUCUUCUUCGUCCCUCCAGGGUUUUCUUCCUCUGCAAAAUGUCGACCGAUUCAUCACCUCCAUCUCUUACUCAUUCCAUCACGCUCCCGCGUCAACCCUCGGAUUCCGUCCAUGUCGCCGCCGGUCCCGGCGUCUCUGCCUCCGAUUUCAGGAAUGCGAUUGAUUCAUGUCUGUUCAAGAACUGGCUGAAUAAUUUGCAAUCGGAGACUGGAAUCUUAGCUGAUGAAGCAAUGGCGUUAAAGCAAGUAGUUAUUCAGGGAGUUGAUAUGUUUGGAAACCGGGUUGGAUUUCUCAAAUUCAAAGCCGAUAUCUUUGACAAGGCGACUGGACAAAAGGUUCCAGGUAUUGUGUUUGCACGUGGACCAGCCGUAACUGUGCUCAUUCUCUUGGAGUCCGAUGGUGAAACCUAUGCUGUCCUCACCGAGCAGGUUAGGGUUCCUACUGGAAGGGUUGUUCUGGAAUUACCCGCUGGGAUGUUGGAUGACGAUAAGGGAGACUUUGUUGGAACCGCAGUUCGAGAGGUGGAAGAGGAGAUAGGUAUAGAACUGAAAAAGGAAGACAUGGUUGAUCUGACCGCUUUUCUCGAUGCAUCUACAGGCCGCCGGGUGUUCCCUUCUCCUGGAGGGUGUGACGAAGAGAUCAGCGUGUUUCUGUAUCGAGGGCACGUGGAAAACGAGACGAUCAGACAGCUACAAGGGAAAGAGUCGACAGUUGGACUUGAGGAACACGGUGAGUUCAUCAAGGUCCGAGUCGUACCGUACAGAGAGCUAUGGAGAAGAACAGCUGAUGCCAAGGUUCUUAUGGCAGUCGGCCUCUACGAAAUGGCCCAAAGAGAGGGCCUCCUCCCUCACCACCAUUGAGUCUUUAAUGUCUGUAAAGCUAUAAAUCAUCUGUUCUUUUCUCUCGUGGAGAAUUUGAUCUUUGCCUGCGCACGUGCUGAGACUAUCCCUCCACGUGUCCAUCUCAGAAUAGAUGCCACGUCAUGGGAUCUCAUAUGCUGACAUGGCGGCAUCAAACUCUGUCAUACAUUCUCUCUCCAAAACCACAACAGAGUUAUGGAGAGUACCUAAGCUCUGUCACUCUAAUAUGAGAAGUGGUUGGAGUACCUUUA